CCGGAGAUACAGACGAGAUGAGAGGCCUCUGGCUGCUGUUGGUGGUUGUGGCUGCGGCCACAGCUGAGAGGGUCUUCAUUGGAGAUCAGGUCAUCAGGGUCAAUGUGCAGUCUGAGGAACAGAUCCAACUCCUGCAGGCUCUGGAGAAUCAACAGGAGUGGGAGCUGGACUUCUGGCUCCACCCGGUCUCUGCUGAGCACCCUGUAGACAUCCGAGUGCCCCGCUCCAGUGUGAGCUCUGUGACGGAGUACCUUAUUGCCCACAACAUCCAUUAUUCUGUCAUUAUAAACAACCUUCAGGAGCUUCUCGAUGAGGAGAAAGCAGAGAUGGAGGAGAACCAGAUGAACGAGUUCAGCACCAGGAGCUUCAACUUUGGAGCUUAUCAUCGUCUGGAGACUAUCUACAGCUGGAUGGACACUCUGGUGGCUCAGUACCCUAAACUCGUCACCAAGCAGGACAUUGGGAGAUCGUACGAGAACAGGCCCAUGUAUGUUCUCAAGUUCAGUACUGGGGGAAACAAGCGUCCUGCCAUCUGGAUCGAUACAGGUAUCCACUCCAGAGAAUGGGUGUCUCAGGCUACCGGAGUGUGGACAGCCAACAAGAUUGCCACUGAUUACGGUACCGACGCCUCCCUGACCUCCCUUCUGAACACCAUGGACAUUUACAUGCUGCUCCUGGCCAACCCUGACGGCUACUCUUACACCCACUCCAAUGACCGUAUGUGGCGUAAGACUCGCUCCAAGAACCCAGGCUCCGUGUGCAUUGGAGUUGAUCCCAACAGGAACUGGGAUGCGGGCUUUGGUGGCCCCGGUGCCAGUAAUAACCCCUGCUCUGAGUCCUACCACGGGCCCUCGGCUCACUCUGAGAUUGAGGUAAAGAAUGUGGUAAACCUGAUCAAGAGUCAAGGAAACUUCAAGUCCUUCAUCUCCGUCCACGCCUACUCCCAGCUGCUCAUGUACCCCUAUGGCUACUCCUGCGGGAGUGUGUCCCAUCAGCCUGAGCUGGACUCUGUUGGCAAAGCAGCAGUGCAGAAACUCACUUCCUUGUAUGGUACCAAAUACAAGGUUGGAAGCAUCUGCAACAUCAUCUAUCCAGCCAGCGGCGGCAGCAUUGACUGGUCUUAUAACUUGGGCAUCAAGUACUCCUUUGCCUUCGAGCUGAGAGACACUGGUCGCUAUGGUUUCAUCCUGCCAGCCAAUCAGAUCAUCCCCACUGCCACAGAGACCUGGCUGGCUCUGAAACACAUCAUGGAGCACGUCCGUGACCAUCCUUAUUGAUCGCUAUAACAUGUGGAAAGAGGAUGAACUU